UCCGCAGCCCGCCGCCAGGCAGCCGCUAGCAACAGCCGGCGCUCGAAUCUCGCCUACUCCAGUUCCUUCGCUCGCUCAUCCGCAAGUCCGACCGCCCACCCGCUCUGGAUGGCUGGUUACCUGCGGGUCGUACGCUCGCUCUGCAGAGCCUCUGGCUCCGGGUCGGCCUGGGCGCCAGCAGCCUUGACAGCCCCCAACUUGCAAGAGCAGCCGCGGCGCCACUAUGCCGACAAGAGGAUCAAGGUGGCGAAGCCAGUGGUGGAGAUGGACGGCGAUGAGAUGACCCGUAUUAUCUGGCAGUUCAUCAAGGAGAAGCUCAUCCUGCCCCACGUGGACGUCCAGCUCAAGUAUUUCGACCUGGGGCUCCCGAACCGUGACCAGACAAAUGAUCAGGUCACCAUCGACUCCGCGUUGGCCACCCAGAAGUACAGUGUGGCUGUGAAGUGUGCCACCAUCACCCCCGAUGAGGCCCGUGUGGAAGCCAUCUUCUCAUCUCUGCAGUACAAGGCCACAGACUUUGUGGUUGACCGGGCUGGCACAUUCAAGGUGGUCUUCACCCCGAAGGAUGGCAGCGGCCCCAAGGAAUGGGAGGUGUACAACUUUCCCGCUGGUGGCGUGGGCAUGGGCAUGUACAACACGGAUGAGUCCAUCUCAGGUUUUGCACACAGCUGCUUCCAGUAUGCCAUCCAGAAGAAGUGGCCGCUCUACAUGAGCACGAAGAACACCAUCCUAAAAGCCUACGAUGGGCGCUUCAAGGACAUCUUUCAGGCCAUCUUUGAGAAGCACUACAAGACUGAGUUCGACAAACAUAAGAUCUGGUAUGAGCACCGGCUCAUUGAUGACAUGGUGGCUCAGGUCCUCAAGUCUUCGGGCGGCUUUGUGUGGGCCUGCAAGAACUAUGACGGAGACGUGCAGUCGGACAUCCUGGCCCAGGGCUUUGGCUCCCUUGGUCUGAUGACAUCUGUGCUGGUCUGCCCGGAUGGGAAGACCAUUGAGGCUGAGGCUGCUCAUGGCACAGUCACCCGCCACUAUCGGGAGCACCAGAAGGGCCGGCCAACUAGCACCAACCCCAUCGCCAGCAUCUUUGCUUGGACACGUGGCCUGGAACACCGGGGCAAGUUGGACGGGAACCAGGACCUCAUCAGGUUCGCCCAGACCCUGGAGAAGGUGUGUGUCGAGACGGUGGAGAGUGGAGCCAUGACCAAGGACCUGGCAGGCUGCAUCCACGGCCUCAGCAAUGUGAAGCUGAACGAGCACUUCCUGAACACCUCGGACUUCCUGGACACCAUCAAGAGCAACCUGGACAAAGCUCUGGGCCAGCAGUAGCGGGCCAGGGAUGCUGCCAGCUGCCGAGCUGGCCGGGCCGGAGGCGAGCGGGCAGCCAGGGGUCCCCCUGCCCCCCCGACUGACACGCCCUGCGGCGGAGGGUGAGCCUCUUAGCCCCUGUUAGGAGGCCUUUCUAGGGGACUUUCUUUUUUAUAAGCAAGAAGUUUUUAAAAGUAUCUGUGUGUUUCCCCUCAUGGUGACAUGAGGCAGGAACAGUGUGUUUUACCUCAGCCAGUGGUAUGUUUUGCAUACUGUAAUUUAUAUUGCCCUCGGAACACAUGGUGCCAUAUUUAGCUACUAAAAAGUUCUUCACGAAA